GGCGAUUACCGAUGCGUCCUCAGUGCUCCGAGUCAGUACUCCUUAGUACUUAGUCACAUUUACCGAUUGAGCAGACACCAACCCGACAUGCCACUAUUACGGGUAUCAACCAGCGCAGCCAAACGGUUCGCUCUAUGCAUAGCACGACCUUCCAGCUCUCUACUAUGUAGUAGAAGAUCCUGCAACUUUCUCACUUCCAUCCCGUAUACUUCAAAACAUCCUCAAACCACAUCUCCACCUAAUCGUACGCAUACUCUCUUCGCGCGUUACUCCUCUUCCAAUUCAGCAAUAUCCGACCCAUCUCGCCCCGACCUUUUCUACCACGUCGUUUCGCUCCCAAUGUCACCUUCAGUCUAUGCACUUUCCUUCCUUACUCAACCACCCCCAACCCCCGAUUCGUGCUCGGUCAUUGGAUGGCUGCCCGCAGAGACUACAAGUGAAGGGGGCGCAGAGGCAGGGCUAAAUGAUUUCGUAGAGAAUCCCAAGUUCCGCGCAAUCAUGCACGAGGCAAUUCAAACCGCCCUACGAGAACAAGAAGAUGCCAUCUGGAUAAACGGCGCACUGCAGCUACAACAAGGCUGGAUGCAUAUACAUGACAGUCGCAACAUUCCAGCGCUAGGCAGAAUAGGUGACCCGGAUGAUAUCAUCGCCUCCGUAUUGGUGCAGGACAGCAAAAUUCUUUCCGAAACGUACCAGCCUAUGCCAUCCUAUCGUGUUUGCACUUCUGAUGGCCCAACACUUCUUACAGAUGGCCUUGCAGCUAAGUUGAAGUCAGUGCUAGGGGACGCCAUCGCACGGGAAGCAGCCCAGUGACGUCCCUUAUGAUCGCAUCGUUCCUACCUCAGCCGCAGAAGCUUUAAAAAUCCAUGUACGCCCAAUAGUCACCAGUAUGUACGGCUGACUAGUACUUAUUACUCACAUUAUUUACACGUCUCACUCAACACCGCAUAUCAUACCAUACUUGCAUCUCCGCAUAACUACACUCGUCUCAGUCAAUCCAUGUUCCAAAGUGAAAAAGUAUCCAUC